CGAAGCUGCAUUUUUCUUUUAUCAAAAUAACGAAACAAUUAUUUUGCAUAAAAACGAACGCAAAUCGAAAGGGACACCACCUGAAGGUCAUUGUCAAAGAGCGGAACGCCGGCAACGGAACGGAAACAAUGCAAAUGGAAAUGAGAGGAAACCUCGCAGACAUGCAAAUUUCGGGUUUGGGCUCCACCACCCCAAAUUAACAUAACUGGCUUUCCGAAUAAGCGAUGUAGCCACCAAAUAAAGUUGGAGAAGAACAAUGAAAACGCAACAGGAAAACGAAAGGAAAAUCCCAGAAUCAGGGAAGAGAGCUGAAGAGGCGAUGACAACAAGCAACCAAGAGACUGAAAAAGCGGCCAUGAUACGAGGUGGAAAUGACGGAUCGGGGAUGGAACGAGAACUGGAACUGCAGUCGUCGUCCAGCCCGGCCGAAGCCACGACUACAACAACGAAACCCUUGAAAUUUGACGGCAUCUUUGCCGUGCCAGCCACGCCCCCAAACAGGGCGGUGGGGCUAACCACUAAAUCGGCCAACAGUAGCCGCAGUAGUUCCCUCAAGAAAAAGCGACGCGGAUCGCGUGGAAAUGCAAAUGCGAACGGAGCAGGAGAAACAGGAACCGGAACCGGAAAUGGAAGUGCUGCUGCUGCUUCACCAACUGGCGCCACUGGGGGCGGACAGUUGAAAUUCGGCAGUGCCAGUGUUGGUAACGACUCGAUAAAGCAAUCGCAGUCCAUGACAUCACUGCAGGCCUCGAACGAGGAGCAACAGGAGCGGCGUGACGUCAUCCAGGCCAAGCUCCAUUUGGAGCGUCCCUACAACAGCCUCAAGAAAAACUCGCAGAGCAGCAAUAAAAUGCACCGCUAUUCGUGGGGCAGCGGUCACAGUCAGUGCAGUUCCACCAGUCUCCACAGCAGCGCCACAUUGGGCCUGGGCUCUUCCGGCAAGGACGACCUCUGGGCGGCCAUUCAGACGAACUACAAUUAUAUUAUGGAUACGAAUCUUUUGGAUACCUGCAAGGAGGCUCGCUGUGAGAUAGAGGGCGCCGCAACGGUUUUGGAAAAAUCCAGCGAGUGUUGCAUGAAGAUGCUCGACGAAACCCAACGACCCGAGGGUCUCUGUGAGGAUCCCAAGGAGCUGCGGCGUUGGUUGCGCGACAUGGAGAGUAAAUUGGAGAGUUCGCCUACCAUUACGGAGCUCACCCAGUUUGGCAACGCGGAGUUGCAGCGACAUCUAGCAGUGCACUCGGUGUUGUACCAUGAAAUUGUAUCACACGCUCGAGUGGUGAGCUCUUGCAUUCGAGCCGCGGAAAAGGAGCAACAGUUGCAGCUCCAGCAGCAGCAGCAGCAGCAGCAGCAACAACAUUUGUCGAGUCAGCAGCAACCCGCCUCAUUGACCAGCAACUGCUCCAGUGAGUCAACCAGCGAGUCGGCUGCCACCAAGUCGAGCAGCUUGAGCAGUGGCUUCGCCUCCGAUCCGGCGGUGACCACACCCCAAGCUGCAGCAGCAGCAGGAGCGACAGCUCCCAGUAACCACAGCAAUCCCUCCUCCAAGAAGGGCGAGGGCAAUUUGGAGCGACUGAGGGAUCGUUAUCAUCUGCUGUAUCUGAAGGCGUUCGAACUGCAAUUGUGCCUGGACAAUCUGCUGAGGAAACGCAGUUCAGCAGCGAAUGGCCUGGAUGACGACGACGAAGAGGAGGAGGACACCGAAGACGAUUCCUUUGGCUACGAGGGCGAAGCCACCGAGGACGAUCUGAACGAGGUCAACUCGGAUCUGGAUCUGGAGAACAGCCUGCCGGUCGGCGAAUCCAAGUCGGAGCUGAUCCUGCAGCGCUGCCAGAUAGCAGCCACUCAAAUUGUAUGUGGCCUGGACGGGAAGGAGGAGUCCCAGAACAAAUCCCAAGCGGAGUCGGAGUCUCUGUCAGCGGAUCAGCCACGCGAUUGUCUUGCACCUCAAAAGCCCGGCGAUGAGGCCGACGAGGAGCUAGAGGAGGAAGACGAAGAGGACGACCUUCUAGGCACCGAUGUGGUGGACUUUCUGAUCGCCAAGCGAUCGUGGAGACAGGUGAAUCACCAUUACCACCAGGCCAGUCCCAGUGCAGCGGCCACACUGACCGACUUUGAAGCGGACUCGGAGAGCAGUGACUUUGAGCAGGUGCAGCAGCUGAGCCGGCGGGGAUUGCCGCUGAUAGCGACCAGUGUCCGAAGGGUCCUGAAUCUAAACCUAGCCGAGAUGCCACAGAACGGCAAUAUCAUGAAGGCCGACUGCAGCAGCAGCAGUGCCUUGCUGCAGCAGCGACACCACCACAAUCUGGGCAACAAGAUGCACAACAAGAAUAUCGCUGUGGCCGUGAUCACGCCCAAUUCGCACACCAGCGGGAACAGCAGUCAUGGUCAUGGCCAUGGCCAUGGCUAUGGAGGACUCGGCGGCCACGAGCUGAACAAGUCGCCGCUGGGACUGAGGAAGACUCGUCAUCACCACAACGACACCUCCAAGUUUAACCGCUCCAAUCGCAAGUCCAAGAACUGCGCCAUCUUCUACUUCAAGCACUUGGACACGGACAACGAGCAGGGCAAUGCGGCGGGCAGUGACCUCCAGAGCGAGGAAGAUCCCUGUCUGAUCCGUCGGCGAGGAGCUGGCGGCGACAUACUGAAAUCGGCUGAUGCCUCUACGGAUGACGAAGACGAGGGUUGGCUCUACACGGCGACUACAGCACCAGCGACAGCUACAUCAGCAACAUUGGAAGUUGCAACUGCCACGACAUUGGCAACAGGAACAGCAUCAGGCAUUUCCAUUGUAGAUGGUCUACAGUCGACGGCCAUUUCCUCGACCACGGUUACCACGGGUGGAAAACUGCCGCCCAGCGACGACUCGGAUAAGGAGAACAAGGAGUCUGGCGGAGUCACCACCACGACCAUUACAGUAGCAGCAACAGCCACAACUAGCAACUACGACAGCAGCAGCGCCUGCUCCUCCUCAAACUCCAACUCCAACGGCAGGCACACCGAGACCUCGGCCACCUCGCGAGUCACUCAGCUGCAGAUGCAGAUACACUCGCAGAUGGAAGGCGAGAUGGAGUUCCAAAUCAAUGGCAAUGGCACUGUCAGCGAUGGGACCAACAGCACCAGACACAUCAUUAGCAACAACAGCUACAGCAACAAGCAGCAGCAAAACAACAACGAGGGCGAGGCUGGAGAGGAUCUGGGCGUCGAUGAGACAACUGUUGAUAUGGCAAAUGGAAAUCUCGGCAAAUUGCAACAGAUGAACAACAGCUUCUACAGCCGUGCGGACAUCUGCAACAUCAGCGUUUGGCCAGCAGAAACUGUAACCAGUUGUCACUUGCCUCCCAGAUCCCCAGCCAAGUCGGUCAAGUCCUCCAAAUCCCAGGCCAGCAGCAGCAACGCCACCAUGUCCGCUUCGCCCGCCAAGGGCAAGGUCUCGCAUGAUUCAAUCAAGCAGUUGGUACUGGAGGCAGAGCAUUUGGUGCGCGACGCCCAAGAAGCGGCUCUGAAGACGCCAACGAAGCAGAAACAUUCCAUCAUUAAGAUCUCGUCGACGGUGAAGAAGCGCGAGGUCACCAUGCCGCAUCCCAUCAAGCAGCGCGUGGAGGAAUGGCUGGAGCAUCAACCUUCGACACCGCAGCUGCUGAGCCGCAGCCACACGCACGAACUCCUUCCGGGAAGCAAGCCCGAUGACUGCGAGGCAUCCGGCGAGGCUUCCGAAACGGACUCGGUGCCCCAGACCAGCGGCGCAGGAGCUGGUGGAGGAGCGGCUGGAGGAGCUGCCGGGUCGGACACCUCGGAGGGAUUCACCGAUUCCAUUGCCACCUGUAUGCAAACGAGCACGAAUUCCUAUGGGAAUUCCACGGAGAGAAUUGGCGGAUCCGCCGAGCCCAUUGGACAGCCCGUGACGCCUUUGGGCUUCGGGAGCAGCAAUCAGAGCCUGAACGUGAAGAUUGUGAAACGGCAGCAGUCGCGUCGCAAGUCGGAGAGACCCUGGUCCGUCUCGUGCCUGUCGCAGCUGACGACGGAUGCGGCCCAGAUGACCACAGCCCGGAUUGUGGAGAACUCCCCGCCGGGACUGGCCAGCCACUCGAUCAGUGAGAGCGCCUUGGAUUCGCUUUCGCCGGGUCCCAGACCUCGAGCUGCUUCUUCGUCGGGAACGGGAAGCAAUGCAGCCAGGAAAGCGGACAGCAAGGGCUCCCUAAGGCGGCGGAAGGCCAGGAAGAAGCGCAUUUCAGCGGCGUCGGCUGGCAGAAAGUCUGACUCGGGCUCAGAGCUGGGUGGCGAUCUCACCCAAACCCUGAUGAAGUCGUGCGAGUCCAUGUCGUCACAGCAGCUGCAGGAGUUCACCAAUGCCUUGCUGAGCAUCCAGAAGGGCGCAGCCAUUGCUCCCUUGAGUCCCAAGGGGGGAGAGCAUCUUGGAGUAACUAUUUUGGCGGAGGACGAGGCAGGGGAAUCGCAGCUGAUGCUGCCCAAGUUCCGGGUAGGAUCCUUCACCACCGCGGGCCUGCUGGCCAGUGAGACGCGCCUGGGCGCUUUAGCCGCCCUUUCCAACUACAUGAACGAGGACGAACAGCAAGCAGAACUCAGCACCGAGGACCAUCACAGCAGCAUCUCAGAGACGGCCUGGGACAACUACCAAGAGAAAUACAACUCGGAGAACUAUUCCGAGGGCUUUGAUUCGGAUGCCGCCCGUCGUCUCUUGGAAUUCGGCGAUGACUAUCGCAAUUUCAUCGACUCGCAGUCGGACUGCUGCAGUUCCCUGUCGGCAGCCAACAAUCUGGACUCGUUCUCGCCGCCGCGCAUGGACUCGCUGCAGAAGCACGAGGUGAAGCCGCUUCAUAUCAACCAGGACACGAUCAGCAGUAGCGUGGAUCACGCCCGUCGCCAGCGCGCCCUUGAACUGCAGUACGAACGUCGGCGCAAGACCCUCGAGGUCAGGCGCAAGUCUUGUCAAGACAUGGAUGAAUCUACCUUGGCCAAUACAGCUCAGAAGGAGCAGCAGCAGCAACAGUCGCAGCAACUGCAGGCCCAGCCCUCGCUGUCUGCCUCCGCCACGGCCCUAAUGACCACCACGCCCAAGACCCAGUCCACCCAGCACCUUGGCCAGCGGACAGAGUCCGUGGGUCGCAAGCUGGAGUUCGGUGGCAUGAGCCACUCUGCUCAGUCCCUGCUGCGUCGAACCUCCGAAAGCGACACCUCGACCCGUCGGCGACGCACUGUGACGGCCGACGAGCGGAGGCGCUCCUCACGCAACCUGGAGAAGUGCAUCAAGCUGAUACCGGCCACCACGUCGUCAUCGAGCGGCUCUGACUCCGAGGACGGUGAGCAUGAGAUGCGCUCCCUGCUGCAGCAGAGUCGCGACCGGCUGGACGACACCAGAGCCCUGAAGAUCCGAUGCCAUCUGCUUAGGCCAGAGGAUUAUAACGAGAUCAUCAACACUUGCCGCGACAACAUCCGCUGCCUGGAGGCCGUGCUCCACGGUCCACCCGGCACCGUGCUGUCCAAUCACUGCGCUGGCCAGACUAAAGACCUUCUCGCCGCCUGGGAGGAUCUGCUGGGCUGGAGCGAGAAUGCCUCGGCUGCCCGUAAACUGCAGCAGGAGAUGAGCGCCUUGAAGCACUCGCUGCAGCGACUAGGUGACAAGCCCACGCCUGAGCUGCUCGACACGGAGCCAGCCAUCCAGAUAUCCGUGGAGGCUCUCAAGUUGGAGCAAGCACAGCUGUCUAGUUACAGGACCAACAUGCUCCGCCUUAACGCCUCAGUCCACAGCUGGCUAACCAGGCAAGAGCGGCGUCUGCAGAGCGCCUUGGAGGAGCAACAUCAGCAUCAGGAGUCCGAACAGCAACUGAAGCAAGAAACACCACUGGGCGAGAAAAGGGAGAGUGAGAAGGAGAAGCAGGCGGUGGCCAUCACAGUGACCGACAGCAACGGCAACCAGGUUGAGGCCACAAUGGCCACAGGAGACGUCUCCACUGCGACAUCAGCCACCUCUACACCGGGAGCCUGGGAUGUCCAAUCGUUGAUGUCCGCGGAACAGGAGUUCCACAAGCACCUGAAGAACGAAGUGAGCGAUAUGUACAGUGCCUGGGACGAGGCGGAUGCCAGGAUCAACACACAACUGGAGAUGCUCACCAACUCGCUGAUUGCCUGGAGACAGCUGGAGUCCGGCCUGAGCGAGUUCCACUUGGCCUUGGGUCAGGACAGGGGCACCCUGAAGGGCCUGGAAGGAGCUCUGGACAAAGGACAGGCCACGCCCGUGGAACUGGCACAGAACGUGAAGCUGGUGGCGAAGUUGCUGUCCGAGAAGGUGCACGUCAGCCAAGAGCAACUGCUCGCCGUGCAACAGCACCUAGACCCUAAUCACAUCUACCACAUCGCCAAGUUCACUGCCUCGAACGGUUCGCUGUCGGACUCUGGCAUUUCCGAUGGCGGUGCCACCUCCGACGGCGGCUUGUCGGAGAGGGAGCGACGCCUGGGUGUCCUGCGGCGCCUGGCCAAGCAGCUGGAACUGGCCCUUGCUCCCGGCAGCGACGCCAUGCGCUCGAUUGCUGCCAGAAUGGAGAGUGCCGAGGCGGAGCUCAAGCACCUGCAGAACACCUGCCGGGAUCUGAUCGUGCGCACGGCAGCCAGCCACCAGCAGAAGCAACAGCUCCAGCAGAGCCAACAGGAGCAUAAGCAGGAGCAGCAGCAGGGCCGCCAGCGAUCAGAGUCCGCACCCAAGGCCAACGGCCAGGUGAAGCACAAGCAAGCGGUGGUCAAGGGCCAGGCGCAACCCCACUCGCCAGGCAAGCGCGGAAAGAACGCGCGCAAAUCCCGUCAGGCCAAGAACGGUGUUGCGAAUGAAGUGGAUCAAAAGCUGACCGCUGAGCAAGAGAAGCUGGUUCUCAGCCAGCUCAAAACUCUGACUAGCGGCGAUGGCGACGAUGAUCCCUCAGAUGAUCCCUCGCUGAUCUUCAGCCUGGAGAGCGACGAAGAGGAUGGCACCGGGAAGGAUGCAGAUUCCAAAGGAUCUCGUCGCGGCUGGGCAUGGCGUAUUGCCCGGGCGGCUGUACCCAUGCAGGUGGCCCUCUUCACCAUUUUCUGCGCCGCUUGCCUGAUGCAGCCAAACUGCUGCGACAACCUGAACAACCUGUCCAUGAGCUUCACGCCCCAGCUACGCUACAUCCGCGGACCGCCACCGAUCUGAGGGCCUUGUGGGUAACCUUUAAGAACAGGAUUAAUCGUUGUAGGUUACCGUUACGUUAUGUUGUAACUAGAGUUAACCCGCGCAACCAGCCGCCUAUUAGGCGGAGCUACUAAGCAAACGCACUAGCGUAAAGCGCGCCCCUUUUAACGGCCUUCCAAAGUCCAUGGUUUUAUUAGGAACAGUGGACAGAGAGCGCCCUCCUUCGAAAAGGACACAAUGCCGAGGCAGCAGCAAUUUUACGUCUAAUUUAAUUAUGCAUGGAACGGAACGCAGUUUAAAGUAAGGAUAUUUUUGUUAUUUCGGUUAAUUCCUACAACGAGUUUGGAGCGUUCAGCCAACUCUGGUAAGAUGUACUUAGGCAAGGAGCACCAGAUGCCCGCCACUUGGAUACUGCCACGUUAGGGAGCCAGAAGCAAGAGCAAAACCAGCAGCAGGAGUUGUCAAACCCCACCCAGUAAAUAUUUAUCGGAGGAAAGAGAGGAGCGGAUCGAUUGU